AUGGCUAUCCCAAAUGAGAAGCUACAGAAGCUCGUCCAGGAGAUCGAGACCCAAGCGCUUGUCGCCCAACAGCAAAUUGGGCUGGCCCGCGGUCAGAUGGCCUCGAAGCAGCGUGAGCAACGCUUGGUUAAACUGACCCUGAGCGAGAUGGCCAGCCUCCCCGAUGAUGCUGUAGUCUACGAAGGCGUCGGGAAGAUGUUUGCAGCCUUGCCCGUGACUGCUUUGCGGAAGAAGCUGGAUAACCAGACUAACGAUCUGGAUGGCGAGGUGGAAAAGCUGAGCCAGCGCCUACUCUACCUGGAGACAACUCAUAAGAACAGCCGCGAGCAUAUUGAGCAGAUGCUGCGUGGGCGCUAA